AUGAAGGAUUUACCGAGGAAUUCAGACAGUGAGGCUCAGGUCGUCAGUAUGGAUACUUUAAGAAACAAAAAAAAUACAUGGGAGCUUUAUGAGAGAGAGGUACCACACAGCAGGUUUUGUGAUCCCAGCUGGGGAGUCAGUGCUGCAGAGAAGCUGAGCCCCGAGCAGCUGAAGCUCCUGAGAGACGCAUUCACCGUGACUCCGAGAGCUGGAGAGCCGCAGAUACAGGAAGACAGGCUGAGUGGAAGGAGAAGGAAGAACAGGGAAGGAAAUGAGGAGCAAGGGUUGACGUUUGAAGAGUUUCUUCAGGUUUUGAGGACAGUGAUUGGUCCGGAUAUUGAGGACACGUGGGUUGAGAGGUUUUUCAGUGAGGUGGAUAUCAGCUGUACGGGUCAGGUGAGGUGGCAGCAGCUGUGUUCCUACCUGCUUCUGGAGUACACUGAACGAGAGCGCUCCUCCAUCCCCACAGCUGCUCUGCUGGACUCCCAGCCACAGAUCACACACUGCUCUCACAACAAGCGGGAGCCAACUGUGCGAGUGGUUGCUGUUUCCCAUCCACCCCCACUCCGCUAUAUAAGUGUCAGCAAGGGAGGUCAGAUCACUGUCUGGAACAGCGGCCUACACAUCCUCAAAACUGUUGGGCUUGCCGGAGACCCAACGGAGGAAGUGGCCAACACGAGGAGGUUCAGAGGCUGGACCACUGAUGCUGUUUAUAUGGGCAACGUCCACAAGGUUGCCAUAGCAACUGACUGCAGGGAGCUGCACUUUCUCGAUGUCUCAUCAGCCGAUGUAUUUGAGGACGUCCACCUGUUUGGGUUUCGAAGCGUCCCCACUGCUCUUUGCUACUGGCACGACGACCAGAAUCCAGAUUGUCCCCCUCUGCUGCUGCUGGGGGACGAGAAGGGAGGAGUCCACCUGAUGUGGUUCCUGAACCCCUCUAAAGGUCUUUUUAACAAUCCCUCCAAGAAACAGAACGGCCCACAUAGGAUCUUCUUUUCAGACCUUAGCGAACACAGCAAGAAGGUCUCCCACCGUUACAUCCCCAACAUCCACCAGGAGCCAAUCAACAGGCUGAUGUUUGAGCCCAGCACCAGUGACAUCAUGACCUCCUCUGAAAGUGACACCAGCUCUGUGGUCUUUCUGAAUUUGACCCUGAGGCGGGAGCCAUACAUUUGGAAAAUGAAACAGGGCGCCAAAUGCUUUGACUACAGUGCACCUCUGCAGUUGAUGGUGACAGGAGGUUGUGACCGAGCAGUCAGACUCUGGACUCGAUUCGUCACCACGCGUCCUGUGGCCACACUGCUGGGCCACUGCGCCACCAUAUUGGAUGUGGCCAUCUACCCACCUGUCGGUCAGAUCUUCAGCUACUCCAGAGAUGCUGAGCUGAGGGUUUGGGACAUUUCCACGCAUCAGUGUCUGAAAACACUCCGACUGCAUUUCCCAUGCCUGCAGCUGGGUCGAAUCCCAGAACAUGGCAAUUUCCCCUUCCUGCUUCUGAGCCCUCCUCUUCCUGUAGAGACUCAACCUCAUUUAGUAGUGGGAUGCAAAGAUUACCUGGCACGGCUCCAUCUGACUGAAUCCAGAAGAGGAAGAGGUGGAUGGUUGACGAAUGAACAGAGGGAAUUUGGACCAGAAAUUGGUGCGGUCCUCUCCUGUGCCCUGUACAACCCCACCCUGAGACAGGUGGUGACUGGACAUGUAGACUCGUCUGUGUCUCUUUGGGACGUAGAGACGGGUCAGAGGCGGCUUCAGAUCUUAAACGCACAUGGUGAGGAUGAACUCCUCUGCAUGACACUAGACUCCACCCACAGAAGACUGGUCACCGGGGCUCGCAACGGUACCAUUAAGGUGUGGAAUUUACUAAACGGCCUCAACCUGCACAAGAUGGAGCCUGCUUCCAACUCUGAAGUCACCAAGCUGACCUGUCUCCAUGACAACAAGCUGCUGGCUGUGGGAUGGAGCCAGCGGAUUGUUCAGUAUGACAUCGGUGCAGCAAAGGAUUUGUAUGUGAGAGCAGACAUGUCCUGGAAGUCCAGCGGUGUCCAUAAAUCAGAUAUCCUUGCCGUGUGUCAGUGCCCGGCUCUGGGGGUUGUCGCCACAGCGAGCCAUGAUGGAGAGGUGGUCAUCUGGAGGUUGGAGACACAAGGACCACUGCUUCACUUACAGAGAGAGGGACAGGCAGGAGUGGUGCCCCCUGUGGACAGCCUCCUGUUCCUGCAGCAUCGAGCUGCCAACAGAAAGCUGAGGAACAGAGGAAUCCUGGUGUCGUCACAGGCUGGUUGUCUGUGCUUCUGGAGCGUCACUGGAGAGACACACUCAUACGGUGAGUUUUAUGCUCCGGAGCAACCAGGUGCACGUGUGUUGAGUCUGAGCUCAGAUCAGCCUGAAAACACCAUCCUGGUCUCUGGAGACACAACAGGCUGGCUCCAGAUCUGGGAUAUUUCUCAUUAUGCACUGGACAUCCAACACGGGUCAGUCGGUGAACGGCCUACGCUGCUGCGGAGUUGGAGGGCGCAUGAGAGAGGAGUAGUAAGUGUGGAAGUCCUGGACGUGGCCGAGCGACUGCUCGUCCUCACAGCCUCAGCUGCCGGCGCUGCUGGACUGUGGACGAGAGACGGAGACCACGUGGGAUCUUUUGGACAGGAAGGGAUGUGGAAUAUCACCGAUGCAGCUGCGUACCAGAGGGAGACGCAGAACGACCUGAGGCAAGAUAGGGAAGAGGAGGGGAGGACUGGAAGUGACGGGGUGGGAGCCAGCAAGGUCAAACCUCAACUAACUUCACAGGAGGAAGCUUCACGCACCAGCCCAGCAGAGAAUCACCACGAGCAGCCUGGGCAACCCAUGUAUGUGUGUGGGGAUGUUUGCCAGAUCCUCGCUUCGUCUCAUAGGACGGGACGCCUCUUCGAUGACGUUGAUCACAGCAAUCACUGUUGAUUGGCUGAUUUUGCCUCUUCAGACUCAUCAGCUCCUGCAGGAGAUGCCUCCACUGUGGAUUUACGGAUAAUCCCCCAAGUGUGGUAUCAGACAGAGGAAGCUCAGCUCACAACAUUUUGAGGGAACUGGGCAGGCUCGUUGAACUGGGAGCCACACUGCAAAUACACGUCCAGCCAGACAGAGAGAUGGAGGAAAUAGAGACAAAGACUAGUUUUAUGUUUCUAUAUGCAGGCAACAGCCAACUGGCCGGAGGCAAUGACUUUUCCGUCGUCCAGCCGUGCAUUGCAUUUUUCUGAACACAAUAACUCAAGAUCAGCUUGAGGGAAUUUCUUCAAAUUAGGUAAAAAAAACAUUGAGUUCGACUGAAGUGUGGACUGGUUAGAAUUUGGUGGUCAAAGUUCAAGAUCAUAGUGACUUUACAAACCAUGUUUUUGGUCACAUUGUGAGGAAAAUUCUUCAAAAUGGUUUAACAUCUGUAAAAGGUCACAGUGACCUAUUAUUAGUAAACUGAAAUCAUACUGGUUGUCGGAGGCAUACAAAGGAUUCUAGUUCAUCUUAUUUUGUGAAGUUGUCUUUAAAAUGUAAAUCAGUUAUGUUGAAAUAUGUUGCAUGAAUAUUGUUUGUACUUUUCUC